GAACGUUGUUGAAUUUAAUUUUCAGGUUCGCGGUGUGUAAGAAGCGAAUGUUUAACGGUAUAGUAAAAUGUCACCGAAGAAAGUGCAAUAAAUUAAUUCUACGGAUGCGGAAGAUCGAUUUUUCAUAAUCGCGUCCUUGAUCAAUAUAAGAAAAGACGCAUCACGUUAAAUUAAUAAGUAUUUAUCAAUUGAAGAAACGUAACAAUUCAUUAAGCGCGCGUAUAUUCCUCGAGGAAAUGUCGGAUUACGAAUAUUCGAGUGAAUAUGAAUACGAUUUCAAAGAUUCACAUUCCACGUUUUAUUGGGAGGAAUUAUUACCCGCGUUACUAGUAUAUACGAUGACAUUAGUAUUGGGGCUGAUCGGUAAUACUUUAAUUGUUUUUACUACAUGCAUAUACCGUAGGAUGCAAAGUGCUACGAAUAUGUUACUUGCAAGUUUGGCAUCUGCAGAUCUGCUGCUCAUCCUUUUCUGCAUCCCUGUAAAGGUUGCGAAAUUAUUUUCGUACACGUGGACCAUGGGUUCAUUUUUAUGCAAAGCGGUCCACUACAUUCAGAAUUUGUCAACAUCGUGUUCAGUCCUGACGCUAACCGCCAUUAGUAUUGAAAGGUACUACGCCAUUGUGCAUCCAAUGAGAGCCAAAUAUGUAUGCACGAACAGUCAAGCGAAAAGAAUAAUCGCAUUUACAUGGUGUUUAGCAAUUCUGCUAGCAAUUCCCAUCUUAUGUGUACAGGUUCAAAUGGAGGUUGGGGACCGUUUCAAAGCGCAUUGGUGCAUACGAGAUUGGGAUAAUGAAUCGCUGUGGAAGUUUCAUGAGGUCUAUAUGCUACUGCUGGUUUUAAUUGGACCUACUUGCAUUAUGAGCUGUACGUAUACCCUAAUUUGUUGGGAAAUUUGGAAAGUGAUGGAGCAGAGGAACGUCAUGACCAGUCGUACUGCGCUUUCAAGGAACCGAAUAGAUCGAGAUAAAUAUGCCGAGACAAUCGAACUAUCGAAUUCUACAAAAGCAAAAAGUAUCACAAAAUCCGAAAAGGAGGACACUCGUGUGGUAAAGCAAGUCGUAUACAUGCUUGUGGCUGUCGUUGUUCUAUUUGCUAUAUGUUGGGGGCCUUUGCUGAUCGAUAACGUACUGACAGCCUACAAUGUUUUACCAAAACAGCGUACUGGGUAUUUAAAAUAUAUGGGCACUACAUUUCAUUUAAUGGCGUACUUCAACAGUUGCAUCAACCCAAUCGUGUAUGGGUUUAUGUCAAAAAACUUUCGGGAGAGUUUUCGUUCGGCCUUAUGCUGUAGAAAGAAACCGGUAUCGUACCAUAGAAAUGGUACAAGAGUUGUAAGUAGUUUUCGUAACAGUUUUCAAACCAGAACAACAUCAAUUAGGUAAAAAAAUUUGAUUGUUUUACACUUUCUCGUAUAGUAUUCUUGUCAUGCGGAUGGGUGAAGUGUGUUUGAGUAGGUAUCUAGAAAAUUACGUAUUAUAGGUUUACAAAUUUAGGAAAAGUAUUGCUUUUAUUGUUGUGUAUUAGGUAAACGUUCCUUUGUAUUACGCUUAUAUAGGUAGUACCUAUCGUGCAAUUGUAUUACAAUAGUAAUGACAUGUCAAUUGCUAUUAAUUUCGUUAAUGUCUUUAGUGAAUAAAAAUGU